AUGGGUGAAAAGGACGCGAUUAACGAUGAUGAUGAUGAAAAGAAAUCGUACGCGAUGGUGUGCGCGGCAAACAUGAACCGGUCGAUGGCGGCACACUGCGCUUUGCUCGAAAAAGGAUUAUUAAACGUUUCAUCGUUCGGCGCGGGGUCGUCGGUGAAAAUUCCAGGCUCGACGAAAGACGAUCCGAACGUGUACCAAUUUGGAAAAGCCACGUAUGCAGACAUAAGGAAAGAUUUGAUUCGUUUGGACGAAAACGCGUACAGACAGAAAGGAUUGAUCGACAUGCUCGAACGGAACAUGCGCGUGAAAGAAAAACCAGAACGGUGGCAAGAUAACAGCGACGAGAAAGAAUUCGACGUGGUCGUGUGUUUCGAAGAGAGGGUGUUUGAUUUAGUGUUGGCGGAUAUGCGAGAAAAGAACGCGAAAGGAACGCCGUGUUUGGUGAUUAACUUGGACGUGAGAGAUAGUCACGAAGACGCGGUGAACGCGGCGCCGAUGGCGCUGAAGCUGUGCGAAAUGAUCGAGAAGUGCGAAGAUUGGGAGUGCGAAAUCGAUGAAAUCAUAGAUCAGUUCGAAGAGGAAGUUGGGAUUAAACCUUUAUAUUCCGUUUGUUACUAUUAG